CUCAGAUUAUGACUACAUCAAAUAAUCUUUAUAUAAAGAUAACCAUCACCAAAAUUGCUUAAUUAGCUAUGAGCUAGGUACAUCUAGUUCUUUACUUUCUACACCUCCUAUAUAUAAUAUAAGAAAGGAGAAACUUAAUUAGCAAUUUCAUUCAAAGAAACCUCUCAUGGCGGAAGGAGAACAAAGAUCUCUUGAAGAAACCCCAACAUGGGCUGUCUCAGUUUGUUGCUUCUUUGUUCUUGUUAUAUCAUUGAUCAUUGAAGGAGGUCUCCACAAAUUGGCUGAGUUUUUGAGGAAAAAGAAAAGAAAAUCCAUGGGGAAGGCUUUGACCAAAACUAAAACAGAAAUGAUGAAACUCGGUUUCGUGUCAUUUCUUCUGACAAUAUCGGAAGUGCCAAUGUCGAAAAUUUGCAUCAACAAGGAUGUAGCAAAUUCUUUCAGGCCAUGUAAAGAUUCUGAAUACUUAGCAGGUGAAGUUUCAAGAAAAGAAUUGGGAUACCACGACAACUAUUGUGAAGCAAAGGGCAAGGUAGGGCUAAUUUCAAGUGAAGGAAUCCUGGAGCUAAAUAUCUUAAUCUCCAUUUUGGCAGUCUUUCAUAUCCUUUACUGCACAUUAACGAUGUGUCUUGGGAAGGCUAAGAUGAGAAGAUGGAAAAAAUGGGAGGAGGAGACUCAAACACUUGAAUAUCAGAUAGACAAUGAUUCAAGAAGAUUCCAGUAUAUAAGUCAAACAUUGGGUGGCAAGCGUCAUUUUAAAUUCUGGAAUAAUUAUUCUCCCUUGCUGUGGAUUGUCUGUUUUAUGCGGCAGUUCUAUAAUUCAGUCUCAAAAGAUGAUUACUUUGCUCUACGAAAUGGGUUCAUUGCAAAAAAUAUUUCUGAAGGCAGCAAUUUUAAUUUCAACUUCAAGAAAUUCCUUUCCCGCACUUAUGACGAAGAUUUUGAGAAGGUUGUUGGAAUCAGGUUUUGGAUCUGGCUUUUUUCCAUAUUUUUCAUAUUCCUUAGCGCACACGAGUUUUAUAAUUACUACUGGCUUCCAUUUAUUCCACUUGUGAUUGCUCUUCUUGCGGGGACUAAACUGCAAGUAAUAAUAACAAAGAUGCACCUUGAUAGUUGCAAGCAAAGCCCUGUGAUCAAAGGAACCAUACUUGUAAAACCAAGUGAUGAAUAUUUUUGGUUUCAUAAACCUGAAUGGCUUCUCCAUUUAAUCCAAAUCAUCCUUAUCCAGAACUCCUUUCAACUUGCAUUUUUCACUUGGAGUUGGUAUGAAUUUGGUCCAAGGUCUUGCUUCAAUAGAGAAAAAGAGGACAUUGCCAUAAGGAUUGCAUUGGGUUUAGCUGUUCAGCUUCUUUGUGCUUAUGUCACUCUACCCCUUUAUACACUUGUCACUCAGAUGGGGUCUAACAUGAGAAAGGAAAUUUUCACUGAGCAUAUUACUCAAGGUCUAAAAAAUUGGCAUAAAAAGGCUAAGCAAUCUCUUUCCAAAAGCAACAACAAUUCAGUUUCUUUACAUUCCAGAACAAGUGAGAAUUCAGUAAGAAGAUCUUUAUCUAUAGAGAGUAUGCAGAAUAACAAUAAGGUGGAAAAUGAAGACAUGCAAUCAGUAAUAGUGGUGACUAGUCCUCCUCCUGGUAACAAUUCUGGAAGUGGAGAAGAGGAAGAGAUUGUUAAUGUAGCGAGUGUUGAGCAAGAGAUAUCAAGUGAAUCAACUUCAGAAAUUAAGAAUGUUGAGGAAAAUAAUGGUAAGAUCAUCACCAGAGGAAUCUAUGACGGUGAGAUCUCCUUUGGAGUUUAUGUGGGUAGUAGUAGCAGAGGCAUAGGGGAAAUUGUUUCAAUAGCUGAAGAAGAAGAUGAUGAUACUAGUGAUCAAAAUUAAAUUCCACUUGUAAUGUUUUUAUCAAUAUAUAAAACUUGAUCUUUAAGCAAUGUCUAUAUAUGAUUGCAUUUAUGUUGUAAACAUGUAACAGCAAUUAAUCUAUUAUCAGAUAAGUAAUACUACAUAAAUAUAUAUA